AACAGCUUCGGCGUUGUUUGGUUGAGGGGUUGCGAAGGAGGAAGCGGCUAUGGCGGCGGGGAAGCGCCGCCUCCGCUCUCGCCGCCGCCGCGCUUCUUCCUGUUAGCGGGAGAGGACUCGGUACCGGGAAUGGCGGGCCCCGCGCGGCUCCUGCCGCUCCUCCUGCUGCUCCUCGCCGCGCCCUUCGCCGCCUCGGAGCCGGAAAAUGGCCAGGACCGGGGGGAGCCGCCUCCGCCGCCUCAGCAGGAGCAGCAGAAGCCGCCGCCGCCUCAGCAACCGGCGGUGCAAGGGCCGGAGCUGGCCAAGGCCGAGAAAGGACCUACUCCAGUGGCUCCCGUCCAUUCUGUUAGUGAAGACUCCAUGGAUAAGACUAACCUGGGAUUUAUCCAUGCAUUUGUGGCUGCGAUAUCGGUCAUCAUCGUCUCUGAACUUGGCGACAAAACUUUCUUCAUUGCAGCCAUCAUGGCAAUGCGUUACAACCGCUUAACAGUGCUUGCUGGGGCUAUGCUUGCCCUGGGGUUGAUGACAUGUUUAUCAGUUUUAUUUGGCUAUGCCACCACAGUAAUCCCCAGAGUAUACACCUACUACGUGUCAACAGCACUCUUUGCAAUUUUCGGCAUCCGAAUGCUCCGGGAAGGCUUGAAGAUGGGCGCAGAUGAGGGUCAGGAAGAGCUGGAGGAAGUUCAAGCAGAACUCAAAAAGAAGGAUGAAGAACGCCAGAGAACAAAACUAUUAAAUGGACCUGGAGAUGUGGAAACGGGAACAGGCCCUGCUAUACCUCAAAGAAAAUGGCUGCACUUUAUCUCUCCAAUUUUUGUGCAAGCUUUUACUUUAACAUUCUUAGCUGAAUGGGGUGACCGCUCUCAGUUAACCACAAUAGUUCUUGCAGCAAGAGAGGAUCCCUAUGGUGUGGCAGUAGGUGGAACAGUUGGCCAUAGCUUAUGUACUGGCCUAGCGGUGAUUGGAGGAAGAAUGAUAGCACAAAAAAUAUCUGUUCGGACUGUGACAAUCAUAGGAGGCAUUGUUUUCUUAGCAUUUGCAUUUUCUGCACUAUUUAUAAGCCCAGAUGCUGGUUUUUAACAAGAGAUUUUCCCCUUUCCUUGAAAGAGCAAGAAUUAGGAGCAACAAACCUACCCUUGUAUUCCUGUAUAUAGUGUACAGCUAUUAGUCAAACAAGCACUGAAGAUGGGAUGCUGUAACUUUUAUAGUAACAUUUAGUUUGGUAUACUUUGUGGACACAAUCUGUGCUGGAGACACGCAUAGUCUAUAUAUUUGGGACACGAAUAAUAUGUUUGCUUACUGUAGCUGACUCAGGUAAACUGAGAUCCACCUUCUGAAAAGUUAUGAGGUUUGCUACUUCAUCUGCAGAUCACCUCUAGCCAUUGCUGAAAGAUCCCCAUUCUGGACGAAUUGCUGCUGCCUAUGGCUUGCAGUUAUGCCUUACCAAGUGUCUAGUACAAAGUAUUGGGGAGAACCUUUUGCCUCCAACCUUGCAGCCCAAGUACACCGUUCCACAAUCAAUAAUGAAUACCAGGAAAUCUGAAAUCUGCGCUUAGGACUAACUUGCUUCCUCAAGGAUUUGUAAAUUCAGCUUGUAACUGAAUUGUAGAAAAAUCAGAAUAUUUUGGUAUCAAGUAUGCUGAUUCAGAAUUCAAAUGUAUUCAAGUUCACAAUCUAGCCAGAUAGUAACCAAAUAAAAAUCUCUUUUUUGUAUUUAUAUUAAAUUCACUGCUUUUCAGAUUAAAGUACUUACUAAGGUGUUCAUUGUUUUUCUUUUAGAAAUUAAAAAGGUGAACGGGGAGAAAAUGAAUAAAUUUAGGUGUCUUCUGUUUUAGAAAUGUAGUUGCUUUGACUGCUUAGCUUAAUUCAGAGGAAGUUAUUGUGUAGUAUUUCUACUUGGUUUGGGGGGCAUUUCUUAUCCUACAGGCAAGCUAAAUUCAGUGUCUAGUCUGGACAAAUAUUUCUGUGAUUCCUUGUGGUUGCUACUGUGUUUAAACCAUUCAGUCAUUUCUGUAAUGAUUCUUAAGCUGACCGUUUGAGGAGUUUCAGUCGUCUAAUACUGUGUCUUUGACAGACUGCUGUGAAGACAAUAUAAAUAUCUCUGGGUACUGAGUAAAUGCAGUAGUUCUCCAUACUUCAUAUAUAAGCAUCAUGUCUAGAAUAGUAAACUUGUGCUUACAUGUGAAGUAUGAGAAAACUAUUGGAGAAUUAGGAAACAAGGCAUCAUCCAGAGGUAGUCUUAGCCCUUAAAUGAAAGCGGUUCAAGCACACAUUUUACAUCAGCUAGCUAGAAGACCAGAUGAAAUAGCCAAAGACUUAAGAAUUACUGUAAGUAAUAUUUUAUCAGGAUGGAAAGAUUACUUGAAACAAUAAACUAUAUAAAGGUGACUUGAUUGUUCUUGUUUCUAUUCCUAUGGUUCUCCAAACCUGUACAGAAAUUUAGCCCACGGGCCAAAGGCAUCUUAAAUUUUAAGAAUACUGUA